CAGGAAGUGGGGUGACAGGGGGCGGAGCCCGGCAGAAGAUGGCGGCUCCUCGCUGCAGGAUCGACCCGUGCGGCGUCAUUUGUCUGCUCCUGACGUACUUCAGCGUGUUCUACGCGGACUACGUGGUGGUUCGGUAUGUUCUCAUCCCCACGUUCUCCGGCAGCGUGUGGUGCAGUCUACACGGAUCAGUCUUCAACCUGAUUCUGCUGCUGCUGCUGGCCUGUCACUCCAAAGCCGUCCUCUCAGAUCCUGGUAAGGUGCCUCUUCCCGACACGGCCAUCGACUUCUCAGACCUCCGCUCGCAGUCGUCUCGGAUGAGCGAGCGGGGCUGCGAGGGCUGGACGGUGUGCAGUCGCUGUGAGACCUACAGACCUCCCAGAGCGCACCACUGCCGCGUCUGUCAGAGGUGCAUACGCCGCAUGGACCAUCACUGUCCAUGGAUCAACAACUGUGUCGGGGAACUAAACCAAAAGUAUUUCAUCCAGUUUCUCUUCUACACUGGCAUGGCCAGUCUGUACUCCAUGGUGCUGGUGGUGUCGGCCUGGGUGUGGCGGAUAAGGAACGAGAGAGAUGGCGACGCAGAGAAAGAAGGAGAGGAGACGCCGAGCAAACACCUGAUCGUCGCUCACUACAUCAUCCUGCUGGUGGAGUCGGUGCUGUUCGGUGUGUUUGUCAUGGUUAUCUUCUACGAUCAGUUAAUCUCCAUUAUCACGGACGAGACUCCGAUAGAGCAGAUGAGGAACAGACUGAUGAUCAAAGACAGAGGAGCCUCAUCUACCUCCUCUUCCUCCUCCUCCUCCUCCUCCUCACAGCUGCCCCACCCGCCCUCACACACCCGCAAGCCCAAGCUCGCUCUGCUGCGGGAGGUCUUCGGACGAGGUUCAGUCUUCUUUUGGUUUCUUCCUCUCCACUCCAACCCUCCGUCCGUCGGGGGCGUCUCCUACUCGGCCCUGCCCGACUACGACGUCUGACCUUUGGUCUGUGAGAGAGGAUGAGGAGCAGAUGGCGAGGAAGGUUGUGUGUGUGUGUGUGUGUGUGUGUGUGUGUGUGUGUGUGUGUGUGUGUGUGUGUGUGUGUGUGUGUGUGUGUGUGUGUGUGUGUGUGUGUGUGUGUGUGUGUGUGUGUGUGUGUGUGUGUGUGCGUUUACGUGUGCGUUUACGUGUGAGAGUCAAUUUGCUGCCUAACUACGAUGUCUUAUCUCUGGAUCUUUGGCGACGAAGAGGAAGGUGGACGAAGGGGAUGGAGACGGGGGAUGAUUGAACUGAGAGAGUGAGUGUAUCAGAUGAAUGUGUGUGUUUGUGGUUUCAUCCCCAGGGAAAGAAAAGUUCAGCCUCAGACUCCAGACUCAUGGAAAUCUCUUUCCUGUCUUUCCUGUGAUGAGGGAAGAGCACUGACGCUCCUUGUUCUGUCUCCGCCUGCAGAUGAACAACCAGCAUUCUCUUCUCAUGGAAACUUCUGAUUUUAAUAUUGACUCUGGGGUUUGACUGAUUCCGGUUUAGCAACAUAGUAAAAGUCUGAGUCUGUGCAGGAGGGAUCCUAGAGUCGUGGUUUUGAGGUCCCGCCCAUAGACACUCUCAACCAAUCGUCAGUCAGUCUCUAUAUAUCAUCAAAUAACUCAUUAAAACCAAACUUAUCAGAAACUAAACCCUUUGGAUAAGAACGACUUAAAGUGACAGAAACCAUCUUCCAAAAACAUUAUGCAAUAGAAAAAUGGAAUGUGUUUACCACUAGGGGGACACUGAAAACGGUACCAACAUUCACAAUCCACCAUCUUCCUUCUACUGUUUACUUUCAUCGUGCAGCGCCAUCUAUUGAUGGUUCUGCUCACAACUGGUUCCAGGACUUCUGAAUGGAACCAGUUGAAGAACCCGAGCUGAUUUCUUCGGAAAGUGUUGUCAGUUACUUCAUUAAAAACGUCUUUGAGCAGCUUUGCGGGAAAAAAAGGGAAAUCUCCGACAAGGAGGACCCCUAGUGGUAGGACGAGAUUCUUUGGUGACGAUUAACCCACCGACUUCUGGUUUCGACGUGUUUUAACCCAAGUGUCAGUCAAACUCCAACCAAUGUCUUUUUAUGCUAAGAGACGUUUUAGGACGUCAAGUUUCUGAGGUCGGGAGCCGAGAGCCUCGACCUCUGAUCGUUGAGAACUGUGAACGCUGAGAACACGUUGGUUACUGAAUUUUGUUUAUGUUUACCAAAAUUACAAAGAAAUUAUUUAUGUUAUUUUUUUUUUUUUGCACAGAAUCAAAUUCUGUUUUCAAUUCUACUUAACGUUCAGGUCAAGCUUUAAGAAAUGACUCGGGAUGCACUGAUGUGGAGUUUUUGAAGGUGAUGUCAAAUAUUUUCCCAUCAGGUGAAGCUUUAACAUUUUUGCCUGUAAUCGGGGAAAACACGCACUGUUAACAGUAUUCUGUUAAAUCUAAGUGAAGGGAUGAUUCUUAACUUAUUUAUUGUUUCUGAAUAUUCUGUGGAAAUUUCUCUAUCAAUAACUGUAUUUUAAUGUGACGGGUGGAGCUGCCUUUUGACGCUGAUCUGGGUUUAAAUUUGCUGCUUCUUUUUUUUUACGUGGAUCUAUGUAAAGUUAAAUAGCAUAAAAUGUCAGCAAAAAAAUUAUCUUAAAUGUCAACAGGUAUGCCAGCAAUUUUUUUAUUUGGCUGAAGAUGUACUCGCAUCCUUUAUGAAAGUAAAACCACUUUUUCUGGUUCAUGUCCCAACCACUAACAUGGAGGAGGCAGGGUUGUAUGACCUAUACCGCAGCCUGCCUGUAGGGGGCAAUCCAGAUAUUUUGGCUUCACUUUUGUGUCGGCCAGUGUCGUGGAUUCACGUUAGAAACGGAUAAAAACAGUCGGACACAAAGGCAGCUUCACCCGCGAGUGUGUUUUUAUGAAUGUGUAUAUAGAUAUUCUGAAUUCGGUGUUUGACCUGAGUUUAACUGUUUAUGAUACACAAGGGAACUUUAUGUUGCAGUGGGUUAUAUUAAUUUAUUAAUUUAAGUAAGUGUCGUGAUGAUGCUCCUUUUAAAAAAACAACAACUGCGAGUUGGGAAAUGAAAUCGCACAUUUCCUUAUUUAUGGACCAAUAUGGCUUUUUUUAAAUAUAUUUUUCAUGUUUUCAAGGAAAAUCUAAUUCCUGAUUUUAACUGAUGAUCUAUUUUAACACAUAUUAACCACAUACAAAUCAUUUGUCCUCUAGUCUCUCAACAAACAAACUUUAAACUCUGUGAGAUGUUAGCAGUGGUUCUAAGAAGCAGGCAGUCUUGUAAAACUGCAUUCACACGCUGGGUAUAUUGGCUAAUAUUUCACUGCGUGUAAAACAGCUAGCUAUGCAGUCAAGUGAGCUACUGGAGGUGGAGCUCAUUAUCUCAGAGCUGGAGGCACAAAUAGCAAAAAACUCGUUCGACCAGAAAGCUCCUCAGAGGACUCCGUGUCCCCUCAGAGGACACGGAGUCCUUUCCCGGCCAGUCGCUGGAGCCGCUCGUGAUCUGUUAACCAUCUCGCUCGUGAUGUGAAUGCAUGUUUUUGUUUCGCCGAGGCUUGACGGGACAAAACGUCCUCCGAGCUCAGGGGCCUUACAUCUUUUACAGUGUUUAAAUUAGGCUGUAGAGUUGGAGCGGAACCUCGAGGGAAGAAGGGGCGGAGCGUGUUGCUUCGGUGUUGUACAUAAGAAGGUUCAUAUUUUAUAUUGACGAUGUGCAAUUCUCCUGAAGGGAAUGUUACUGAACUCCGGGCUCUGUUGGAACUGUUGGUUUUCUAUCACAAUUUGAGUAAAACAAUGUUUGAAAUGUUUUUGUGAAUUAAAGAGAGAGGAGGGGACGUUAAGUUCAGUCCAGUUUUCUGUCUUACAAGUACAUGACACCUUAAAGGACAUUUCAAACCGAAUGUGUUCUGUCCAGGUGUGUGGUAACUAUCAGGGUACUGGCUUGCUUGUUUGGUUCUGUUGACAAAAUGCAGUCGAUAUUUAUUUUGUUUGUAUCAAUGUUGAUCAAAGGGGUGCGCUUGUUUCGCUUUGUCCACAUCGGUGCGGUUGCUUCCUGAACCACUGAUCCGAUCUCUCUAUCAGACACGGCACUAUUCAUUCAAUCUCAUAAUCAUAAUCCAACAACAUUGCCUUGCCCACUGUUUAAGGAAGCAAAACGAGCGCACCCCAUUUGCUGUUUUACUUGACAGCGGGAAGGAAUGUGUGAACAAACAAAGAGGCCACGAAAUGAACACUUCAGCCACCAGCCAACACUUGACUUGCACCUGAUGCUGAACUUGGAACGUCAUUGAUUUCUGCGGCCGAACAAGGGAACAGAACCAAACUAACAAAACGUCCCACACUGUUUGAAACUCCUUUCGGAAUCAAUCAGGUUAUUGAGACAACUUUUAAUGUUCAUGUUUUCCACACUCAGCUUUGUCUCCUGAGGAACUUUCCUCAGCAGGUAAAACUUGACACUUGUUGGCUGAUUGGUCGAACAGGUGAGUUUCAAAGCCCUGCGAACAAAACCAACAGAGAGUUUGAUAUCAUGUGGCUUCAUGAUGAACAAGUUUACAAUCUACAAACCGUGACCUGUGUAUUAUUCCUAUUGACAUGCUGCUCUUGCUCGUUCAACCGGAAGUAAACCUGAUGUCUUUUCAACUA